GCUGCCUUCGCUCUGAUUGGCUGAGAGCACGCUGCUGCUGAUGUGGUGUUCUGAGUUAGCUUCAGCCUGAACAACCGAUUCAAACACUUUCUUUGGUGAAACAGAGACACUGUUUCGUUACAAUAAUGCCUUACUACCAGACCUGGGAGGAGUUCGCCCGCGCAGCAGAGAAACUCUAUCUGACAGAUCCCAUGAAGGUCAGAGUGGUUCUAAAGUACAGACACUGCGAUGGAAACCUUUGCAUUAAAGUGACCGACAACACCGUGUGUUUACAGUACAAGACAGACCAGGCCCAAGACGUGAAGAAGAUUGAGAAGCUCCAUGGAAAACUGAUGAGACUCAUGGUGUCCAAGGAGACGCACAGUGGUGCCAUGGAGAUGGACUAAAAUGCUCGAGAAGCACUUGGACUGGUUUCAGUGGACACAGUGGUUGUUGAGAACCAUCAGAGUGCGAUGUGGAAUCUGAGAGAAGAGUGUUUAUAAAGAGAGAAGGUGGUGAGAUUGACCUGGCUGCCUACACUGAUUUAGUACCAUCAGAGACGUGAAAUCUAGAUGUACUGUAUAUAUUUUAUCCUCCCAGGAUUUUGUUUUUUAUGAUACUUUCUGUGUCAUUUAUAAUCCCAUUGUCCUGUUUUUCAUUUUUAGGCAUUUUAAUCACGUCCCUGACAGUAUUAAUAUAAAGUAAGAUCAGUGUAGGCUGCUGAGGUAUUGAAGGAAAUGUAAAGAUGGGGAAAGUGAGAGGGUUUGGGAGAAUGUGGGGUGCUACUGUGGAAGCAGCUUUAGCACCUUGAUUUCUUUAGAGGAGGUUGCAUUUAUUUUCAGUUUUGAGGGGGACGAGAAAGACGAGUGAUAAAGACAUUUUCUUUAUGUGUCUACGUAGCUAUGUCGAAUUCAGUGUCAGCUGGUCAAUGGGUUUCAUUUUUGAUUUUCUUCAUGGACUCGUGCCACACAAAUGGAGCAGGACCUUCUGAUUUCCCAACAGUGGUGUGGAGAAACCCACGACUUCUACAGAGAAAGCCAACCCACACCUCCAAAUGCCUUUUCACCUACUGACAGUAAUUGCGUUACAUGUUCAAUAAAUGUUUAUUUACCCCAA